UGGACAGAUAUUUAUUGUCCUACAAGGGGAAAUUAUCUUUGGAGCAAGGCAGCUUCAAAACACAUGCCAAUAAGAACAUAAAAACAUAACAAUAAAAAGCAAUAGAAUGAAAGAAAGAAAAGUGCUGGUACUAUAUGUGCUAUUCAAACACUAGUCUAAGGAAUGUCAAAAACAGGGAAAAUGGAAACAAGACAAUCAGGAUAAGAAGAAUAAAGAGCUAAGCUUUAAAUCAAAUCACCCAACUCUAAAAUGAACAAUUAGAUUUUCUUUUUUAUAAAGGUAAAGAAACUCUUCACUUGUCUUUUCCACUGGAAAUUUAAAAAAAUAACUGAUAACAUACCACUCAUGCAUUAACGUGUACGCAACAUUUUGUACACGACUACAAGUGAUGUUUCUAUUUUUUUAAUUCCACAGGUAAAACGUCCACGUGACUUCUUGUAAGUGCUGGGGUAAAGAGAAAGUAAAACACACACACACAUACACAGAAGUGCAGUCAGUGAAGGUGACACAGGGAGCUGCAGUCGCAGGAGAAAUCAAGACAGCGACGAGAGAUGGAUUCAUAUUUAAUAGCUGGUCGGGAGAAGUGUUACGACCCUCGCGAUUGGACACUUAUAUUUGUGGACAGGGAGGAUGAGUUAGACUUUUUGUGCGAAGGUUUCAGGUCUCGUAGAGCGUUGAUGUCCUGUGGACACGCUGUGACCCCGAUGUCUCUGACCAACUGGUGUCGCAGGUUGUUAGAACAGGGUGAGAGCAGAUUUGUGUGUGGAGUGUACGGUUGUAGUGCUGAGUGGUCUUGCAUGGAGGUUCGUAAAAUGGCUCUUCUGACCCAGGAAGAAACUGCGUACUUUGAAGCAGCCAUGGCCUACAAUACCAAGAAUAACUUACAAACCAAAAUAUGUCCUGGAUGCAAAUCUGAUGUGGUCAGAGAGAACGAGUCUGAUCUGAGAGUCCGCUGCUCAGUGUGCACAGCUAACAGAAGAUGGCCUUAUGAAUUCUGCUGGCAGUGUUUGAGGGAAUGGAAGGGUCGGGCUCCACGGUCAGACCGCUGUGACAAUGACGGCUGCUGCGACCAGUCACUGAUAUUACUUCACACCUGUCCAGAUAUCACCUUUGAGAGUGUAGAGGUCACUGGCUGUCCCUCCGUCCGUGCCUGUCCCACUUGUGGCCAACUGUUGGAGCAUAACAAAACUCAAUGUAAAAAUGUCAUCUGUCCCUGGUGUCAAGUGGAGUUCUGUUUUGUGUGCCUGAAACUCACUGAUGACUGUUUGGAAACAAGUGAUUAUUCAGUACAUUGCUCCAGUGGUGUUGCCCCUAGACAGACCUCUAUACCUGUGUGGAGGAGAAAAUAAUGUAAACAACACUAUGUGAGUGCUUCAGUUUGUUUUGAUGUGUUUUUUCUGCAGCAUUGCUGUAUUUUCCACAUCUCUUCAUUGAAACAUCCAGUGAACAAUGUUCUUGUUUUGUUUGUGAGAAAUUGGCAGCAAAAUGUGACCAUCAUAGCUGAUGCACACCUGAAUUAUAAGGCUGAGAACAGUGACAUCUGAGUCUGAAGCAUUUAUCACUUCAGAAAUUUGAAUUUACCUGGAAAAUAUAUCUUCUUAUCCUUCCAUACCAAUCACAUUUUGUUAUUUGUUUAAUUGUGUAUUGCUUUCCUGUUCGUUCUUGUUAAAGUGAAUAUACAUAUAUACAAUUCAUUUGAGUGAAUGAUUAUUAUUAUUAUUUCUGUUUCACAUUAAAAUAAGAAUGUAUCCCUGGAUUAAAACAAGCAAUGCUCUGUAAAACAGAACGACACAAAGACAAAACUUAAAAUGCUGUAUAGGCUGUUAGCUCUGUCAUCAGUUGAGAAUUAAAAAUAUGUCUGCGCCACUGUAUUCUCAGCUAUAUUUCAGUGUGUCAGAUGGCUAUAUGUUCAAAUGAUCACUGGAAAUUACCUAAUAUUCCAGCUCCAGUCUUUGGUGUGAGACUACAGCUUCACAUCCUGCUUGUUUUAUCAAAAGCUGCUGUGAAACUAUUUGUUUAUUGCAACGCAAGUUUGUUCAAAUGUAAAUAGUUAUGGAUUAUAUUUUAGCACAGAAAUGUUAUUUAGUUGUAAAUAUCUGCCUUUUAAAGUAUUUUAUAACAACAAGGACAAUGAUGGCUGUGGUUGGAUAUCCCUAUUUUUUAUUAGUAUUGUUCCAGAUGUCACAGGUGCCCUCUGCUGGACUGUAGCAUGAACUGCACUUGCUGAGUAAUACAAGUUCCUAUUCAUAAUACAACUGUACUGUUUGUGUUAAUGAUAGACUACAAUCUAGUUAUGGAGAAAUAAAGAGGUGACAGAA